AUGUCUUCCAAAUUAAGAGAAGUCCUGCAAGAAUGGGAGAGCCUGGAAAAAGAUUUCCAACAACUUCAGGAGACACAUCAACUUUAUAUGCAGAAACUGGAUGAAGUCUCCAAGCUCCAGAACAGCUUUACUACCUCUAUAACUCACCAGAGAAAGUGCUUAAAGGAUGUGUCUAAGUCUCUAAAGACAUGCAGUAAAGGAUUAACAGAAGAGGAAACAAAACAUGUGGAAGAAAUUAAGGGAUGUCUUCGGGAGAGACCUGCCAUUUUCCUUCAGAUGGAGGCCUUCCUUCCGAAGAAAAAUGGGUUAUAUCUCAGUCUUGUGCUUGGGAAUGUGAAUGUCAAUCUUCUAAGCAAGCAGUCAAAAAGUGCCUACAAAGACGAAUAUGAAACAUUUAAGUUAUAUGUGACUGUAAUCCUGCUCCUGCUGGGGUUCGUCUGUCAGUUUUUAGCCACCUACAGAUUCGUGGAUGCACUGCUGAACUUCCUCUUGGUCUGGUACUACUGCACUUUAACAAUUCGUGAGAGCAUCCUCAUCAGCAAUGGAUCCAGGAUUAAGGGCUGGUGGGUGUUCCAUCACUACAUCUCAGCCUUUCUAUCUGGGGUCAUGUUGACCUGGCCUGAUGGUGAGCUGUACCAGAUGUUCAGGAACCAAUUUCUUGCCUACUGCUUGUAUCAAAGCUUUGUGCAAUUCCUUCAGUACUACUAUCAAAGUGGAUGCCUUUAUAGACUGAAGGCUUUAGGGGAAAGACACAACCUGGAUUUGACAGUGGAAGGAUUUCAGUCAUGGAUGUGGCGAGGGCUGACCUUUCUGCUGCCCUUUCUAUUCUUUGGUCAUUUCUGGCAGCUUUUCAGUAGUAUCUCCCUCUUCAGAAUGGCUCGACUUCCUGAGUGUAAAGAGUGGCAGGUUUCCAUGUGUGGGAUUUGCUUCUUGAUUUUAUUUACAGGCAACUUCUUCACUACACUCGCAGUGGUGCAUCACAAGCUGAAAAACAAGAGCCAUGGAAAAAGCAAGAGUCCAUAA